GCUGCCAAAUGAUUGGUUGAUGCUGCUGGGCAAAAUGGAGAACCACCAGCAGAGAGAUUUUCUUAUCAUCCUGUUGAGAAAUGUUAUUACACACCUAUCUCUGAGCUCUCGACCAAAUAUGGGGCAAUUAGUUGUGGUGCCCUCUAUAACCACUACAUCUGAGGUUAGAUUCCAGAGUGGUUGAGAAGAAUUCGAGCUGGAGGAAAUGGUGCCUCAUGCUGUUCUUGGAUCAUUUUGGGAUGAACUGCCAGAAAAUAAAUGUGACAUCCAAGUUAUCAAAUUAGAAUCAAAGCCUAAAAGACGCUAAGCAAGUCUUUUAAAAAUGAAAUCAAACCAGGAACGCAGCAAUGAAUGUUUACCACCCAAAAAGCGGGAGUUUCCUGUUAACAACCUGCCCUUGCCAGAGAAGGCAGGUGCAACAGCUACUGUGAGUGAGAGCAGUCGCAGUGAAAACUUGGCAUGGCUCGCCAAUGUAGCUAGCAGCCAAAGCAGUGUGGGAAUGAGGUAUGGACAAGGCAAAGUUGCAGCAGAAACCCCAGUGGAAACUGGCUUACCGCUGUAUAAACCACUAGCAACUGCAGUGGACUAUUCAUCACCUGGAAAUGUUAGAUCAGCUCCAGGGGUAACACAUCUUCGUGCUGUUUAUUCAUCUUCAGCACUGGCUCAGCCAGGACCUUCUGCAUCACCAGUAGAAUAUGCCCCACUACAGCCUGCUGCUUUCCAGUUUGUUGGGCCACCUUAUAGUGGACCAUAUGCUGGCCCUGCUGCAUUUGUCCCUUCCCCAUUAAUCUCCCCAACAGCUUCAAAUGCUUCCGCCACUCCAUCUCAGUAUUCCCAUCUAGAACCCUACUCUACAAUCUUUGGCAGUAUGGGGAGCCCAUCCCAGCAUAAGGUUGAACAGCAGGUAGUUAGGCCUCACAGAAUGAUAACUCCACCUCAACCUACCGUUCAAAACCAGUAUGUGCAAAUUUCAAGUUCAUCUCCAAACGUGACUAGACCCCUGUCCCCUACAACAGUUCCCCUACAUUUGCACUCUCACUCUUCUCUGAUUCCACAUACACUCUCAGUCAGUACCCCAUCACAGGUUGUUCUCCAAUACGCAGAUACUGGAUACCAUGUUGCAUCAAGGGAAUCCGUCAGAAAAGUUGAAGACAUCAGGCCACAUUUAAUCCCGAGAAGGGAAGUAUCAAAUGGUGAAGUUGAGAAAAGCAGGAAAUAUGACCUCUCACCCAGCGCAGAAAUGAACAUGGAGAAAGCAGCAAACAAACCGGUUUCUCGCCAUUAUGAAAUAAGGCAUGGGACCCAUAGGGUUGUUCACCCAAGUCCUGCUGACUAUAAUGCACAAGAAUCUUUAGGUCCUAGAGCCUCAGUAAUGAUUAUACCCAACAGCCACACGUCUACGACGGAUCUGGAGGUUCAACAGGCCAUUGACAGGGACAGUUCUCCUAUGGCACUCUAUGAUAAGACUAACUUAAAUCAUGGGAAAGCUGCCUUUUCUCCACAUUCUGUAAUUCAAACUACCCAUAAUCCCACUGAGCACCUCUCCAUUGGACUACCUGCUAGUGCCGUGUAUCCUAGCUCUCAACAGCCACUUAUUGGUUACAUAAGCAGUCAGCAGCAAGCACUUAGUUACCAUGGGAACUUGCAACAACAUUUUGUAAUCCCAGGCACUCAACCCCUCCUUAUUCCUGUAUGCAGUACAGCAGUUGAAGCAUCAGGGAUAACAUCUACAAUAGCAACAACUACUUCUCAGUUUGCUGCAUUGCCUCAUUCAUUUGUCAGUACAGCCAGUCCCAAAAGUGAGAAUUAUCAUCCUGACUCACUUGUUACUCAGCCAACUUAUCACCCGACAGUUGUACAGGCCCAAGUACACCUACCAUUAGUGCAGUCAGUGAACUCUCCUGUGGCAGCUUCUAAUCAACUGCCUCCAUACUUCAUGAAAGGUUCAAUCAUACAGCUAGCUAAUGGAGAACUUAAAAGAGUUGAAGACUUGAAAACAGAGGACUUCAUACAAAGCGCUGAAAUCAGCAGCAACCUGAAGAUUGACUCCAGUACUGUGGAGCGUGUUGAAGGCAGUCACAACUCCAGCUUCGCUCUCCUGCAGUUUGCAGUUGGAGAACACAGAACACAGGUAGGAAUGACCAGAUCAACUGAAGCAUUGUAUGUUUCUUUGCAGAGAGUAAAGGUGAACAGCAGUUCACCUUUGUGA